UGGGCCUGAAGCACGUGGGAGGGCGCUGGCAGGACUGACGGCCUCCGUCUCCAGAUCUGGUCUCCUCGGCUUGGCCCACUCCCGGCUUCCGGCCCCGCAGACACCACCUGCCUCCUGCACCUACAAGCGGGAGGACGACGCGCCAGCUGCUGCCGGCCUCCCGGCGUGCCCAUGAUCUCCCUGUGCCUUUCGACUCUGCGAGGCCUCCACAGAGCUGGUGGCUCCAGGCUUCAGCUGAGAAUGACACUGGGAAAGGAGCUGGCUUCUCCUCUUCAAGCUAUGUCUUCCUACACUGCGGCUGGCAGGAAUGUUCUCAGAUGGGACCUUUCUCCAGAGCAGAUCAAGAUGAGGACGGAGCAGCUCAUAGCACAGACCAAGCAGGUGUAUGACACCGUGGGGACAAUCGCCCUGAAAGAAGUAACUUACGAGAACUGUCUGCAGGUGCUGGCUGACAUAGAAGUGAAGUACAUAGUGGAAAGGACCAUGCUGGACUUCCCUCAGCACGUGUCAUCUGACAGAGAAGUGCGGGCUGCAAGCACAGAAGCAGACAAAAGGCUUUCUCGUUUUGACAUUGAGAUGAGCAUGAGAGAAGAUGUGUUUCAGAGAAUUGUUCAUUUACAAGAAACAUGCGAUUUGGAGAAGAUAAAGCCUGAAGCCAGGCGAUACUUGGAAAAGUCAAUUAAAAUGGGAAAAAGGAAUGGACUCCAUCUUUCACAACACAUAAGAAAUGAAAUCAAAUCAAUGAAGAAGAGAAUGAGUGAGCUAUGCAUUGACUUCAACAAGAACCUCAAUGAGGACGACACUUCCCUUGUAUUCUCCAAGGCUGAACUUGGUGCUCUUCCUGAUGACUUCAUUGACAGUUUAGAAAAAACAGAUGAAGACAAGUACAAAGUUACCUUAAAGUAUCCCCACUACUUCCCUGUCAUGAAGAAAUGCUGUGUCCCUGAAACUCGAAGGAAGAUGGAAAUGGCUUUUCAUACCAGGUGCAAACAGGAAAACACCGCGAUUCUGCAACAGCUCCUCCCGCUGCGAGCACAAGUGGCCAAGCUGCUGGGCUAUAACACCCAUGCUGACUUUGUCCUUGAGCUGAACACUGCGAAGAGCACCAGCCGCGUGGCCGCCUUUCUAGAUGAUUUAAGCCAGAAAUUGAAACCCUUGGGUGAGGCAGAACGGGAGUUUAUUUUGAGCCUGAAGAAGAAGGAAUGUGAAGAGCGAGGUUUUGAAUACGACGGGAAGAUCAAUGCAUGGGACCUCCAUUACUACAUGACACAGACAGAGGAGCUCAAGUACUCGGUGGACCAGGAGUCCCUCAAGGAGUACUUCCCCAUUGAGGUGGUCACGGAAGGCUUGCUAAGCAUCUACCAGGAGCUGCUGGGACUUUCAUUUGAACAAGUGCCCGAUGCUCAUGUUUGGAAUAAGAGCGUUUCACUUUACACUGUGAAGGAUAAAGCUACAGGAGAGGUCCUGGGCCAGUUCUACCUGGACCUCUAUCCAAGGGAAGGAAAAUACAACCAUGCAGCCUGCUUCGGUCUCCAGCCAGGCUGCCUUCUCCCUGAUGGCAGUCGGAUGAUGUCUGUGGCCGCCCUGGUGGUCAACUUCUCUCAGCCUGUAGCAGGUCGGCCCUCGCUCCUGAGACAUGACGAAGUGCGGACUUACUUCCACGAGUUCGGUCACGUCAUGCAUCAGAUCUGUGCGCAGACUGACUUUGCACGAUUCAGUGGAACAAACGUGGAAACUGACUUUGUAGAGGUGCCGUCACAAAUGCUUGAGAACUGGGUGUGGGACGUUGAUUCCCUGCGAAAACUGUCACAGCAUUAUAAAGAUGGACACCCUAUCACAGACGAGCUGCUCGAGAAGCUUGUCGCUUCUAGGCUGGUCAACACAGGUCUUCUGACGCUGCGCCAAAUUGUUUUGAGCAAAGUUGACCAAUCUCUCCAUACCAAUGCGACUCUGGAUGCCGCGAGCGAAUACGCUAAAUACUGCACAGAAAUUUUGGGAGUUGCAGCUACGCCAGGCACAAAUAUGCCAGCUACUUUUGGACACUUGGCAGGAGGGUAUGAUGGCCAAUAUUAUGGAUACCUUUGGAGUGAAGUGUUUUCCAUGGACAUGUUUCACAGCUGUUUUAAAAAAGAGGGGAUCAUGAAUCCAGAGGUUGGAAUGAAAUACAGAAACUUAAUCCUGAAGCCUGGGGGGUCCCUGGACGGCAUGGACAUGCUCCAGAAUUUCUUGCAACGUGAGCCAAACCAAAAAGCAUUCCUAAUGAGUCGAGGCCUGAAUGGUUCGUGAGCCAGGGAUCCUGGGAGCUGUCCAUGUCUGGAGGACAAGUCAACACCGUCAUGUGGUGCCGGCCUGGAGACUGAAGAGAGUUUUACAAAAGAAAACUUAGAUUUCUAUUGAUUUGCUUUUGUUUUUUAAUUUUAAAAAUUAUACAGAUGUAAAUGGAAUUAUAAAUACUGUGACCUAAGGAAAGACCAACUAAAAAUAAUUGUACUAUAAAGUUUCAUAAAAAUGGAUUUGAUUUCUUUUGAUAAAAGUUUCAUAUGAAUGUAAUUUGAUUUUUUUUUACAGUUAUAAUCCAGAUAAUAUAAUGUAAGAGGGCUAAGACAUUUUAAAUUGAAUCACAUACAUGAUAUAAUUUGAUCCUUCUUAUAUCUUGAAGUUUUAUACUUGUGAUCUCUGGACUGAUAAAUGAAUCAUCACAUUCUCUCUGGUAAA